CUUGACGGAACUCUCUCUCUCUCUCUCUCUCUCUCUGGCUUCCUCAUCUAUGUCUAAACCCUGCCAAAUCGUCGUCCUUACAGUGCUCUUCGCAGCGCUGAGCAUCACAGAUCCUUCCGCCGCCGCUUCUCCAAGCGGGCAUCGCUACAAUGUGGGAGAUCGCGUCCCCUUAUUCGUCAACAAAGUCGGGCCCCUCAACGAUCCCAGUGUGACCUACUACUACUAUGACUUGCCGUUCUGCAGCCCAGAUCCAGUAAUCUGGAAGAAGGAAUCCUUUGGUGAAGUUCUCAAUGGUGAUCGUUUGACCAAUGCUCUAUAUGAGUUGAAAUUUCGGGAGGAGAAAACUAGGGAGACCCUGUGCCAGAAGAAGCUUAAAGUUGCUGAAGUUUCAAAGUUCAGGGAUGCUGUCCAUGAUGAUUUUUACUUCCAGAUGUAUUAUGAUGAUCUCCCAUUAUGGGGGUUCAUUGGAAAACUUGAAGAGAGUGAGGUUUUUGGUGAGAAGGGCCCCAAGUAUAAUCUCUUUAAACAUGUUCAGUUUGAUGCUCUUUAUAAUGGGGAUCGAGUUGUAGAAAUACGGGCUUUUAGUGAUCCAAACCAUGCUGUGGAUAUAACAGAAGAUGUUGAAAUCGAUGUUACUUUCACUUAUUCAGUUAACUGGAAUGAGAGCUCAGCUAAGUUUGAGAACAGGAUGGACAAAUAUACGAGGGCUUCAUUAGUGCCGAUCCACCGGAAAAUUCAUUGGUUCUCGUUCAUUAAUUCUAUUGUAAUUAUUGUACUCUUGAUGGGAUUGCUUGCCUUGCUUUUUAUGCGGCGUCUCAAGAAUGAUAUGAAGAAGUGCGCUAAUGGGGAUGAAGAAGAAGAUAAGGAGGUUGGUUGGAAAUACAUUCAUGGAGAUGUAUUCAGAUGUCCUCCUAACUUGUCCUUUUUUUGUGCUGUCUUGGGCACUGGUACCCAGCUGCUAACCCUGGUUUUCAUCUUGUUUUUACUGGCAUUUUUUGGUGUCGUCUAUCCGUACAAUCGUGGAGCACUGCUUACUUCUAUUGUCUUGAUAUAUUCAAUUACAUCUGCGGUUGCGGGGUACACUGCUGCUUCUUUUCACAAUCAGUUUGCCGAGGCUGGAUGGGAAUCUAGUGUUCGUCUUGCUGGGAUUCUGUACCUAGGCCCAUUAUUUGUGGCAGUGUCUUUUCUUAAUACAGUUGCCAUAUCUUAUGGGGCCACUGCUGCACUUCCAUUUGGCACCAUUAUUGUGGUACUUCUUGUAUGUUUGCUUGUUGCUAUUCCAUUGCUUGCCUUGGGUGGGGUGAUUGGAUACCGUUUUAGGUCUGAAUUUCAAGCACCGUGUGCUACAAAGCGAUAUCCCAGAGAGAUCCCACCAUUAGCUUGGUAUCGGAAAACACCUUGUCAAAUGUUUAUUGCAGGUAUUUUAUCUUUUAGUGCAAUUGUUCUUGAGUUGCACCACUUAUAUGCAAGCAUGUGGGGCUACAAAAUCUUCACUCUUCCUGGGAUCUUAUUUAUCACCUUCAUCAUCCUCAUUGUACUAACUUCAAUGCUGAGUGUUGGUUUGACAUAUAUUCAGCUUUCCGUGGAAGACCAUGAGUGGUGGUGGAGAUCGGUGUUGUGUGGGGGCUCAACAGCCAUUUUUAUGUUUGGCUAUUGUAUCUACUUCUAUGCCAGGUCAAAUAUGAACAGUUUCAUGCAGCUAUCCUUCUUUAUUGGCUAUAAUGCUUGCAUGUGCUAUGCAUUCUUCCUGAUUCUCGGCACAAUCAGUUUUUGUGCUUCCUUAAUGUUUGUUCGCCAUAUAUACCGUGCUGUUAAAAGCGAAUGAAUAUUCUUGUGCAUUCAAGUGAUACCAUUAAUACAAUUCUCCAUCUUUCUCUCA